AUGUCUUAUGAAAGAAAUAUUAUUAAUUUUUCUCCAAUAGACACUUUUCAAUCCCAACUUUAUUUUGAUUUUGGAGUAUCUCUUCAUCAUGAACAAGACACAAUAACUGGAACUACAUCACCCCUUAUUCAUGAACAUGGUAUAGAUGCUCAAACUAAAUCCUCCACUAUCGAUGAACAAGAAAUCCGAAUCAAAUCCAGUACUUCUUCUGACACAUAUGUAGAAAGUAAAGUUUUGGAUUAUUUUACUAAGCCAUAUGGUCCAUCCGAAAGUCGCAAAACAAAAUGUUCUAUUUGUAAAAUUGAAUUUUCAUAUCCUGGUUUACCUUCCUCAUUAAAAUAUCAUUUGAUGAAUAAACAUAAAAUUGGCAUGCUCACUAAUUUAAGUCAAGUGGAUAGACAAUCACAACAAAUUUCAACUGCAGAAAAUGAUCAUACUGAUAGCCAAUACAGGGUUGGAGAAUGCUUUUAUGAGGGAUAUGGGACUAAGAAAGAUAUUUUAACUGCCAUCUACUGGUUAAAUAAAGCAAAGGAAAAUGGGAGUAUAGAUGCAAAUGAAUUAUUAAAAGAAAUGAUCAGUAAUAUUAACAUUAAAGAUAAUCGAACAUAUUUUUAUUUUUAA